AUGUAUUUUUACAUAAAUUAUGCACCAUUUGAUCCUUGCUUCAUUUUCCUAUUUUGUUUAGAUAACUUGCCGCCUGUGUUCCACACCCCAUCUGACCAGCUUCUGACAUUUGAGGGAGAGAAUUUCGUUUACCAGCUGCUAGCACUGGAUCCAGAGAAGUCAGCAGUGCUGUUUACUUUAGAAAGUGGCCCUCCAGAAGCCUCCCUCUCUCCAGCUGGCCUCCUCAUCUGGAAAGUUGCCUUUGGAGAAUCGGAAAGCUUUAACUUCACAGUGUCUGAUGAAUGCAAUGCCCAAAGUAGACACACCAUUCAGGUAGGAACAGCUCUCCUGCAAACAGCUGAGGACACUGCUGAUGUGAUGGAAGUUUUCAUUGCUGAUAAUCAUAAUAGUAAAGGUGAACAGGAAAACAGUGAAGGCAACCCGUCACUGAAAGCCAAAGAAGCAAAGUCCUUGCCUGCAAUUAAGUAUGUUAAUGCCAGUAAGGUGCAUGGUCGUGUCGCAAUUCUGCCAUCUAUUACAAAUUGUGCCAGCAGACCGUGUUUUCCUGGAGUUGUAUGCAUUGAUCGAAAACCUCCAGAUACUGGAUACUUCUGUGGUCGAUGUCCAACAAAUUUCUCUGGAAAUGGGCGGAUUUGUACAAGAGCUUCUAGACCAGUGUCGAUAUCUAUUCAGAGUUUGCCUGACGCUUUUGUUAAAGACACUAGAGAAGUCAAGGUUUCUUCCAUCCAAGUUGACACAAAGAAAUCGCAAAAGACUAAUCCAACAGGCUUGCAAGUCCAUGUGCCCAAAGUAGAAGCAACUUUUGCCAUGGCAAGAUAUCCCAUAACUGUUGAUAUUCCUCCACCAACCAUGGAAAGGGUGGACACUCUGUUUCAUACCUCAUCUCUGAUGAAACUGACUUCAGAUUCCAAACUGUCUAAAAGCUCUGUUUUGUCCAAUGAAACAAAAAAUACUAUCCUGAACAUUCAUCCACAUCAAAAGAGGAGAGGAAUACCACAAAGGGUAGCUCAUAUAAUCUCAGAUUAUAAACACAUUGAUCAAUCAUAUAUCACAGGGAAUUCAUCCAGCCAACAAGAACUAUAUGCAAGGUUGUUCACUGUAAGGCCUCGUGUUGUUGGACAGUCCCAUGGCUCAUUUGACAUGUUGUCUUUGGGAAAGCAGUCAACUGGAACCUCAACUAUGCAGACUGUAUCUGUCCAUGGAUUUAAAGUGGGCCAACCACAGACAUCAAUUUUAACAACACCAUUCACCUCCUCUUUCCACCUGAAAACUGCUUUUGCUAGUAGAAUCCGCCCAGCAGGGAUUUCCUCACAAUCAAGGAUUCCAGGGUGGACAGUGUUGACCAGAAGGCCUCAAUCUUCAGCACCAAAUCAUUCGGUACUUUCCAGACCUAUUAAUAAAUCUUUGCUUGUCAGGAAAAUCACUUGUGAAGAUAUGCCAUGUUUCAGCGGUGUGCACUGUGAACCAACAAAAGAUGAGGCAUUCAAAUGUGGACCCUGCCCUAUAGGUCAUAGUGGUGAUGGAAUUCAAUGUCAUGUUUGUGAUCUGCCAUGUCAGAACGGAGGGACAUGUAUCGCUCAAAACAUCUGUUCCUGUGUUUAUGGAUUUGUUGGUCCCAGGUGUGAGACAAUGAUAUGUAACAGGCACUGUCACAAUGGGGGGAAAUGUGUAGCACCAGAUGAAUGUGAGUGCAAGCCAGGAUGGAACAGCCCUUUCUGCGAGACAGCUGUUUGCAAUCCUGUUUGCCUAAAUGGUGGGACCUGCAUUCAGCCAAAUACUUGUGCCUGUCCACAUGGUUUCCUUGGACCUCAGUGUCAAUCUGCCUUUUGCCAUCCUCCUUGUAAAAACAAUGGACAGUGUAUGCGAAACAAUGUGUGUUCCUGCAUGCAAGGUUAUGUUGGAAGAAGAUGUCAGAUAAGUAUCUGUGAUCCCAUGUGCAUGAAUGGAGGACGAUGCAUAAGCCCUGCUGUCUGUGACUGCCCAUCUGGUUGGAAAGGAAAGCACUGCAGUAAACCUGUUUGUUUGCCUAGCUGCUUGAAUGGCGGUGAGUGUAUUGGACCAAAUGUUUGCCAGUGUUCAGAAGGAUGGGUAGGAGUUCUAUGUCAGAUUCCUCUUUGUAAACCAAAGUGCCAGUUUGGGGGCAGAUGUAUCAAGCCAAAUGUGUGUUCGUGCAGAAAUGGAUAUGGUGGUCCAGAUUGUGGAAAGAAGCUCCCUAAAGGAUGAAGAAAACAAAAGAAAGACAAUGAAGACAUUCAUUUUGGGAUGCUAAGGCACUUUGUUUUCUAUGUAAGGGUUGGCUGGCAAUGCACUGCAAAGAGAAUGCUAAAUUUCUUCCUCCUGUGUCMCUUCACUACAAGCAUUAAGUCAUGUCAAGAAAUUACCRAUUCCAGAGCAUACUCUAACAGCUUUAGCUAGUUGCCAAUGUCACAUCAGGUGACACCCYUCUCAAUCUCAAUUUUUUUUUUCUUCUGCAGCACACUGCCAUUACCUUGGCUAUUCAAUGAAUGCAAGUGACAAAUUCAAUGGUAACUCCAAGACUGCUGAAGAAAGGCUGCCGUUUUUGCUAGYUUUAGAUUYCUUGAAAUGGCCCAAACUGAAAGUGAUAAGAAAUCCCCCUAUUCCAUUCCUUAUGUUUCUUUUGUUCACUCCAGSGUAGUGUGUGUGUGUGUGCAUGUGCCUUGAAGUCUCCUGUUGAGUUAUGUCAACCCCAUGGGUUUUCUUAGACAAAAAAAUACUCAAGAGUGGUUUUGCCACUUCCAUCCUCUGAAAUGUAGGUAAGGUAAAGGUACCUACAUUUACCUACCUACCUACCUACCUACCUACCUACCUAAGUGGUCUCCCAUCCAGAUACUAGCCAGGAAAUUGUGCCUUUAAGGUAUUCAUAUGCACAUCUCACUUCUCUUACUCCAACCUAGAGAAUCCCUAAAAUUAAUUCCAGAACUGAAGUAUGCAGUUUGCCUCAGCUUUCUGUUCACUGCUUACCUCUUCCUACAAGAUUACCAAUAUCCAUUUAUGCAUUGAUAAAAUAUUAUAGGCUGAGAACACCAGUUUCAAUUUAGCCAAAUGCAUGAUAAUAUCAGGUUUCUAAAACAUGGUUUUACAUUGGUGCAAGAAUGCCUGUGCCUAUCAAUAAAAAUUGUUGAUUAAUGUAAGAAACUAUAGUGGAUCUCUCAAGCAGAGUAACUAAUGUGCUAGGCAGAAGUUAAAACAGUUCACCAGCCCACUCCACCUGAAAUGCAAUGUCUAGCAGAGAAAGACGUCACAUGCAGUUUUCUUUAUAAGGUAUUUCAAAGUAGUUUCACUCAUGUGCAUAAUCAACACAAGUUCAUCUUCUAGAAGAAAGGUAAGAAAAGGAUGAAUACUGCAUGGUAUCACAAAAUGUGGAUCAUCUCACCAGAUAGAGGAUAGAGAUGGGAAGAGUGAGUGCAGGUAAAACUUCAGAAAACAAAGCAAAGCUAUGUGAUUCAGGAAGAUAGCAAAUGUGGACAGAAAUCUAUACAAACAGGAAGUUGGCAAAAAUAUGCUGUCCUUAAACUCCUAGACAGUGCCAUAUUAUCUGACAACCACUGAGAAUUGGAAUGCGGAGAUUGCUAACUCUAACACAAUUAUUGUACCUACAUCAUAAGGCCUUGACUUGGGAACCUCAACAAGUGGGAACCCAAACCUCUAAGAACUAAUUUUUUAAAAAGAGUCAAGGGUCUUC